AUGUGGCUUGAGUCCUCGUAUCCCUCGUUGAAUUCCACGCUUCAACCACGCUUCAACCACGGAGGCCAAUACUACUCAAAUGGACUCUUGUGGCCGGCAGUAUCCGACAUCAUCCUUCAAUUUGGCAACUUGUCCUCCCGUUCCGAAUCCGGUGCGAGUCCUGAAACUGCCCAAAUGCAUCACAAUACCGGCCAUUUCCAGCGUAUUCAUGCGGCCAAGCGGGAACGCCUGUCCACCAAAACCGACUCCGUCGCCAACGCACACCACGUCGAUUUCUCUCGACGACCAAAGCACCGGAGCCCAAGAUGGGUCCUUUAUUUCCAUGUCCCCAAUGACCAAGUUGUCGUGGCACAACAUCAGACGCAGGAACACGGAAACCCUUGGAUGAAGCCCCCCGAAAACUCUCGCCCGAGGCAAGGAGGAUGCUGUCGAUAUUUGACAGCUGUCACCAGGUUGCCCGGCGACAAGGCGAAAACUGCCCACAAGACAGAGUUGUCUAGUUCUGUUCCCCAAUCCCCUCUUCGAUGGCGGUGCCAUUUCGCGAUGACCGGUUGCUGGGCUGCGGCCCCGUCGAGAAGUCUUGACUCGGCCAUGGCACCCUCGCAUCGCCCCUAG